GCUCCAGGGGCGGGGCUGGAGUCCGGACAGUCUGGACUGUUGACGGAAAUCUGGGCAGCUGGGGUCGGGCGCUGCUGCUGCAGGUUUCAGUGCGCGUUCCCCCUAAGCCAGGCUUCAGUACAAUGCAGCUAAAAACAACUCACGUAUUCAUUCUGGGUUACCUUUGUUUAGCUUUUUAUUGUUUGUGUACUGCUGACAAAUUCUAUAAUCGUGGCAACCAUGAGUGGACUAAGCUGUUUAUGGUUCAGCACUGGCCUACAACUGUGUGUAAGGAAAUUGAAAAUGACUGUAGAGAUCCCCCUAAUUACUGGACAAUACAUGGGCUGUGGCCUGACAAAGCUGGAGAGUGUAACCGAUCAUGGCACUUUAAUUUAGAUGAGAUCAAGGAUCUUUUGCCUGACAUGAGGCAUUUCUGGCCUGAUGUAAUCCAUCCAUCUCCUAAUCGCAGCCAAUUCUGGAAGCAUGAGUGGGAGAAGCAUGGAACAUGUGCAGCCCAGCUGGAUGCUCUAAAUUCUCAAAAAAAAUACUUCGGUAAAUGUCUGGAAUUUUAUAAGAAUCUUGACCUCAACAGUAUGCUCCUGAAGUUGGGGAUAGAGCCAUCUGUCCAAUACUAUCAGAUUGUAGACAUUAAGAAUGCCCUCACAAGUGUGUAUGGGGUAGUACCAAAAAUUCAGUGCCUUCCACCAGAACAGGAAGAAGAAGUACAAACGCUUGGUCAAAUUGAAUUUUGUUUCACCAAAGACCUACAUUUGAGAAAUUGUACUGAGCCAGGGGUAUACUCCCCCUUCCUGCAAGAUGCUUUGUUGACUGAUGAGACUUCCAUGAGUCAUGGGCUCUCUGUCUGUGAAGAUGGCCCAGUUUUCUAUCCCCCUCCAGAAAAGACAUACCAUUGAUAUUUGUAUGAUUGGAAAUAUGUCAUGUCAGAUGGCCUGUGUUUAGGGAAGCAAAAAAGUUUCACAAAAAGGUUCAACCAAAUGCAUGUUUACUUUUUAAAAUUAAUUUUAGUAGCUAUUCCCAAUGUUGUACAAAGGAAGUAGAGAAGAAAGGGUACAUCACAAAUCUGAAAAGCCAGUUUUUUUUUGUUUUUAAAUAAAGUGCACAAAGUUUGUGUUUGAAACAAAAAAAGUUUUAUAUAAGUCUUAGUGAAUCGUUUUAACAUUUGCUAUGUGAUGACUUGUACAAUUCAUAGGGAAUGUGUGUACCUCACAUGGUGGAUAAUGCCUUUGGAUGCCUGGAGUCUCCUCCUGCCUGUGCAUGAUAGAAGGACCACGAUGUAGGUGUGCAGGCUGGUUUCUCAGAUAGAACAUUGGGUUACCAAGCUAUUUUCCCGUUGUUCUACAGUACUUAUGCCAAGAAACAAAUACUUCAGAGUCUGUUCACUCCUAUUUCUCUUGUAUAACAGGUCUUGCAACCUGUAUAACACAUACAGUAUUCUCACCAGUUCUGCUUGCUGGAGAAGGGAAUACUGAGGUAGCAGGUAUUUCUUCCUCCUUCUCCAUAUAUAGGUGCCAAAAAACAAACAAACAAACAAGCCUUUUUUUUUUGCCAGAAGAGAAUAGAACACUUCAUAUUAUUUUCGUUUGUGGUUUGGUUUUUUUUUUUAAGGUUGUGUUGCUGGAAAAGUAAAUAAUUCAAGUUGGUUAUUAAUUAAGGUGACAUUUUCCCUCUCUAAAGGUAAUUAGGGCACCGUGGAGGACUUGGGCACAUUGACAAGUAGGGUAAAAUAUUAUGACAAAAAUAUAGUUUCAAAAUGUGGUGCUUCUACUAUCCAGCAGGAAUUGUUAUGUAUCAUCUUUAUUUGGUUUCACAGUAACAUAAUGUUCUUGUUAAUGACCCCAAACACUCCAGGCUACAAAUAGAUAACUGCAGUGUGAGAACCUGUACCCACUCUGUGAUGAUUUCAUUUUUUUUAAAUGGGGAUUUCUAAUGAUCUGUGAAAUCAGCUGCUUUCCAUGCUUUAUUAAAACGAUCUUUUUAUACUGG